CUUCUUCAAUCUCCGGUCGAUGGGCGUCUCCUGUCUCUCGGGCACCUGAUUCCUUCUCCACUCCUCUUGCAAUCUGUUCUCGAUCUCAUCCGACUCCUUUUCCGGUUUCCCUAGCUCCGAUUCACAAUGGCGUCGUCCAACUCGAUCAAGCUCUUGACUGGUAACAGUCAUCCCGAGCUUGCGAACCUCGUGGCUGCUCGGCUUGGCAUCGAACUGACCAAGAUCAUGGUCCUCCAAUAUUCGAACCAGGAAACGAGCGUCACCAUCGGAGAGAGUGUACGAGAUGAGGAUGUUUUCAUCUUGCAGUCGACGCGGCCCAAUGACAUCAACGAUGGACUGAUGGAGCUGCUCAUCAUGAUCAAUGCUUGCAAGACCGCUUCCGCCAGACGCAUUACCGCUGUCAUCCCCAACUUCCCUUAUGCGCGCCAAGAUAAGAAGGAUAAGAGCCGUGCUCCUAUCACUGCGAAGCUCAUGGCAAACAUGCUCCAGACCGCUGGUUGCAACCAUGUCAUCACCAUGGACCUCCACGCCAGCCAGAUCCAGGGCUUCUUCAACGUUCCCGUCGAUAACCUGUAUGCCGAGCCUAGCAUCCUGAAGUGGAUCCGGGAAAACCUUGAUGUGAGCAACUGCAUCAUUGUCAGUCCUGAUGCUGGUGGUGCCAAGCGUGCCACCGCCAUCGCCGAUCGCCUGGAUCUGCAGUUCGCGCUCAUCCACAAGGAGCGUCCCCGCCCCAACGAGGUCUCGCGCAUGGUCCUUGUCGGUAGCGUGAAAGACAAGAUUGCCAUCAUUGUUGACGACAUGGCUGAUACCUGCGGUACUCUCGUGAAGGCUGCCGACACCGUGAUGCAGCACGGUGCCAAGGAAGUCAACGCCAUUGUGGUCCACGGUAUCCUUUCCGGCAAGGCCACUGAGAACAUCAACAACAGCUGCCUGAGCCGUGUCGUUGUGACCAACACCGUUCCCCACGAGGACAAGAAGGCGCAGUGCGACAAGAUCGAGACGAUCGACAUCAGCCCCACCCUGGCCGAGGCCUGCAGACGUACGCACAACGGCGAGUCUGUGAGCUUCUUGUUCUCGCACGCUGUCGCCUAAAUGACUGGUUGAGUUGCAAGGAUGGAGAUGUUUCUGCUGCCUGGAGGCGACUUCUAUUUGCUUUUUGUCGUGCGCAGUGGGAGACUUCUACUCUGGAGGGCCUAGAUCAUGACAUUAGGGUUCUUUAGCCACGGGAUUUGCUGGAUAGACAAAUUAGUCUGUCAUUUAUAUUUAACGCAAUUACUGGUUAUGAUGCUUAUGUGAACUUGAGAAGGGGGCAAGGGAGGGUGGUUUGAAAAGUCGGCGGCGCCUUUUGCUUUAUAUCACCAGCUGAAUUCAAGCAUGUACAUAUAACAACUGUUUCCUAUUUCUUUAUCCCGAGC